AUGAGCAGCACACAAGACAUCAAACCGAACGAAAGGGUUGUCAUCAAGAGAACCACCAUUAAUAGAAUUGUAGAGGCCCGUCAGAAACGAAGGGAACUCCGCGAACGGUUGAGCGUCAUCAGAAAGAAGAAGAACAGAGUCACCAUCAAAAUCAGUUUGUACAGUCUCCUUCAAAAACGCCGCUCGUUGAUUGCGCAAGAGUCUAAGAAACGUCGUGUUGAGCGGAAUGUGCUGAAAGGCGGUGUAGCUGGUAUAGAAGGACUCAUAGCAGUCAUCACAGUGAAAAACCCUAGAACGGCGGCGUAUUACACCAAAGACUUUUUGAACGAACUUGACAUCAAUAAACAGUUCACUGUUCGUUUCAUCCACGCAGACGACGAAAUUAUUAAAAAACUGUACAUCAGCGAAAAUUACGUUCUUUUUGGGAAAGUCACAGAAGACACCGUCAGGCAACUCAUAUUGAAGAAAGGAGAAGUUAUUGUCAAUGGCGUCCCAUGCGCUAUUAAGUCAAACAAAGUUGUCAGAGAUGCGUUUGCGGGGAAGUACGACGAAAUCGAAUGUGUCGAAGACUUGGUCAAUGCCGUGUUGGACAAGAAAUACGCAGAAUACAUCAACAAGAUUCUCUGCCCUUUCCAAGUCGCCGGGACAGACUCCGAGUUCAUCAAAACCAAAAACGGACACGUCGAUAACCUCGACGAGGCACUUAUCGCUUUGAUUUAA